UGGGGCGGGGCCUGUCGGCGGAUGGGCGGGCCAGGCACUCGGCGCAGGAGCGGAGGUCCAGACCGCAGCUGCGGGCUAGCGGGAGAGGAUCGCGGGUUCUGACUUGGCAGCCUCGCACUCCUGCAACAUUGGGAUCCAGGAGGCAAAGGGAGAGAUGGGUGGCUCCAAGAGCAGUCUUGCCUUCCUCGUUUUGCUUCUGAUUGGCUUGUUGAGCGGGACGUCCAGCGACGCUCAUUCUCUUUCCUAUAAUUUCACCAUCAAUCCUCGGCCCAGACCUGGUCAGCCAUGGUGUGAGGUUCAAGGCGAAGUGGAUCAAAAGGUGUUUGUCUCCUGUGACUGUGGUACAGCUGAGAUCAAGUACUUGAGUCCCUUGGGAGAGGAAGUGAAAAGUAUGAACGCCUGGGAAACACAGGCUGGCACACUGAGGGACAUUGGAGACUUGCUCAAGGAGCACGUGUCUGACGUUACCCCGGAGAGAUACACAGACAAGGUGGGGUCAGGCCCUCUGACCCUGCAGGCCAGGAUGACGUGCUGGAGUAAACACAACGGACACAUCAAUGGAUCCUGGCAGUUUGGCUUCAAUGGAAAACUGUCCCUCCUCUUUGAUUCAGAGAAUGGACAUUGGAAAGUGGUUCAUCCUGGAGGGAGAUGGAUGAAAGAGAAGUGGGAGAAAGAUAGAACUGUUACUGACUUCUUCAAGAAGGUCUCCAUGGGAGACUGUCAGCUCUGGUAUCAGGCUUUCUUGGAGCGCUGGGAGAGAAUGUUGAAGACCACGGCAUCACCGACCACGGGCCCCCCUACAGUCCAGUCCUCGGCCCCAGCCAUCACUCACGUCACCUGGAUCCUCCCCGUGGCCCUCAUAACUGUCUUCCGGGGCUGAGUCCUUUCCAAGAGCAGGAGACGGUGCUCCCAGGAAGCCCAACAGGUGCUCUUCAUUUUAGAUCCAGGAGAUCAGACCCCAUGAAUCCUGAGUAUGUUAUCCGGUUGCUGUGACACAGUAGACGCAUCAUCUCAUGAGCUUUAUCACAUUUGAUGAAAUCCUACUCAGCAUCUCUGAAAAAAAACAACACAGAAUCAAUUUAUUUCACUUUCUUCUGGUGCUAAGCGAUGGAAUUUCUGCACUGAAAUGUCCAGGUACUUGAAGAAAUCUCCACAAACAGGACAUUUUUCAUCGUAUUCUAGUUUGUGCAUAAUUAGACUCUGCCUCGUGACCUCGUUCUUGCAAAUGGUAUUGCAAGAAAAAUACCAUCUGGUAUUAUAGGACUCAGGGAUUCUUUCUGUGUCUGGAAAAAUCACCUCAGCCUACUUUCAAUAGAACAAAGUUUUAUUUAUGACUGUUUCCCUUAAUAAUUUAUUAUGCUGAAAGUGAAAGUGUUAGUCGCUCAGUCCUGUCCGACUCUCUGCGACCCCGUGGACUAUAGCCCGCC